AUGAACCAAAUACAGCGGCAAUCAUCAAACAAUAACAGGUCAACACGUGGUGCAUCUAAAUAUCGCCGGGAUCAAAUCAAUUUGGAAAUUCAGAAAUUGCGUGAUCUUCUGCCAUUAACAGAUUCGAUGAGAAAACGACUCUUUCAACUGCAAGUAAUGUCACUUGCCUGCAUUUAUAUCAGGAAACAAAAUUAUCUGCCACAUGUGAUUGGAAUGGGUAUACAAACAUCGUUCAGGUCAGCUUUAAAACAAUCGGAAAGUUUUCGAGCUUUACGAGGCUUCUUAUUGAUGAUGACGAAAUGUGGAAAAAUUGUUUACAUAUCUGAUAAUGCAAGCGACUAUCUCGGUCAUUCCGUGGCAGAAAUAAUGUGCCAAGGUGAUUCGGUGUAUGAUCUUAUCGAUCAUCGUGAUCAUGGACGUAUACAAGCGGAACUUAUGUCUGGUCCACCAUCAGUUUCUGAUCAAAAUUUUUUUCCCAGUGAGAAAGUUUUCAUUUGUCGCAUGAAUUUGUCGCGUACAACAAAAAGACAACUUCAAUACCACAAGUACACACUGAUGGAAGGUCGUUAUCUGCAUACCAGUGACUAUUACACCACACAUCAGUCAUUAUCAGCACCCUUAUCCCAUAUUCAGCCAUUGUUUGCCGCAUACUGUGAAAUGCUUAUCAAUCCGGAAAACGUCGAGACACUAUCUGCCGGAAAUACGUCAAUCUUCUGCACUAUACAUUCAAUGGAUUUAAAAUUUGUGCAUGUUGACCAUAUGACUGCACAUUAUUUGGGUUACAAAAAUGAAGAAGUAAUUGAUAAAUCGUGGUAUCAGUUUUUGCAUCCCGAUCAUUUAUUUGAAGUUGCUUAUAAACAUCGCAUCUUAAGUCAACGUAAAGAUGGUGCGGUAAUGUGCUUACUGCGCUUACAAAUGAAGAAUUGUUCAUGGCUUUGGUUACAUACUGUGUUUACUGUAAAAAAUAAUUUAUGGUAUGAAACAGCACAUGGAAAACGAAUGCGACAUUUGAUUUAUAUCACAUAUCAGGUUUUAAAUGAAGUGGAAGCGCUCUCAUUGCAAGGCAAUUUGUGGAUUUACGGAAUUCGAAAUGAAUUAAUGGUAGCAUCUUUUGAUCAUGUUAUGGAUAGCCAUGAAGAUAGCGAUGUCGUAGAAGAGCAAAUGUCGAAGCAAUAUGCUUCACCGAUACUUUCCUCAUUAUUGGCCAUUAAAAAGGAGUCAUUAUCUGGUGAUAGCAGAGAAUUUAAUCACUUUAGUGGAAAUUUCAAAGAUUUAAAUACGAAUGAAUCAAAGAUUACUGAUUUAGAUUUUGGGAAUGAUGAUGAAAGCAGUGAACUGGAAGCUUUACCGGAACUAUGCUUGGAGCGAAAUAUCAAAGGACCAUUACCUGAUCUUAGCGGUGAUUUGGAUAAGUUUUUCGAGGAAAUGGAACAUAGCAAAAUGCAAUCAAUUCAUUCUUCAACAAUGAUAAAAUUACCAGAAAAUGUUGAAUGUAUUAGCGAUCAGUUAUCACCUACACUGCCAUUUGAUACUUCUUUGAGAGCAUAUAAUUGUAAAAUGCCAACAAUAGCAAAACUUUUACAAGGACAUUUUGAUGAUGAGGACAGCUAUGAAAGUAUACAAAAACGAACACGGACCGAUGAAUACAUGCAGUUGACAGAUAAUUUGGAUGUGCAGCUAAUUAUGUAA